GGAAAUGGAGGCAGCAUGCUGCUGACAAGCGAUUACUUAGGGAGCAAAAGAAUGCUCUUGCUGUUGCAGCAUUGUGUUCUCUAUCACUUGGCCCACCAGUUCAUAAAAGUACAACGGUGUCUAAGCUAGCAGUUGAAGAACUAGAUAUUGGCCACGCCUUUAAAGAAAGACAAGCAAGAAAGCAAAGGUCCUGGUCACGGCUAAAUGUUUCGGAGUUGUCUGGUCCCAUUCUAAAUGAAAAUAACCCUGAUGCUAGAUGCCUCUACUGGAAGUUGCUUGUACUUGUUCCACCGGGUAUGGAAUCCCAGACCAACAGUUUUGUCUCAAAAUGGUUACUUAGAAAGCUCAUGGGUUAUGGAAUCGGAGAUAUUGGAUUGGUUGUUUCUUCAGCAGGCCUAUCAAUUUGGACAGAGUGGAUCAGUUUUCCAAAUGCAUGUUGUUUGUCUGUUGUUAGGGCCAGCGAUCAGCAAGUUAUUGAUAAUGAUAUUGCUAACAGUACAAGCUGUAUAGUAUUUGUAGUGUCUGAAAGCAUUUCAUGGGAAAUGCAGAAGGAACGGUUUAACAGUCUUUUAGCCUACAUACCAGAUGAAUCCAAUCUUCCCCUUCUGAUUUUCAGUGGCGAUACAUAUAACGAAGGAUAUGAGUAUGCGUCAAAGUACAUCAUCAACAGGCUUGGCCUCAAUGGUCUUAACAGAGGAAAGAUCGGUUCGUCUUUGGUUAUUUUUCUUGUUGAAAACUACACAGAAGACCAUGCCAAUGGUUUCUUUGAUGAUGACAAACUGCGUGAGGGCCUGAAGUGGCUGGUAAGUAGUUUGCCAGUGCAGCCUGAUGCCACUCUUGUGAAGACCCAUGAAUUGCUUCUGGAAUACUUGAAUCCACAACUUGAGCUGCUUAACACCCAUGUUGCACCUGGAGCUGGUCCUGGUGAUUGCAUUUCAGUAUUCAACAAUGCUGUCAAUCAACUUGCAGAAGAGAUUUUGGCUGCAGCAAACGCAAACUAUAGCCAAUGGCCAGCUCCCGAGAUUGAUCUUCUAGAGAGAACAAGCAAUGAGAGGAUAUAUGCAGAAAUGUUCUUGCCUAGCAUUGGAUGGUCUUCGCCAUCAAGGAUCCAGCCACUGCUUGCAGCCAUUAAUAGCUGCAAGAUUCCAGAGUUCAGUUACGAUCUAUCUUGGCUAAACUAUGGUUCUCACAUGGGCAAGCAGAUCCAGGAUCAGAAGAAGUUACUUGAGGAGUGCUUGGCGAGAUACUUGACCGAAUCAGCCCGGCUGUUAGAUGAAAGCCAGGUGGUCACCGAAGUGAAUGUUAUGGUGCAGAAUUGUGUUGGCCUUGAACUCCGGGAUUCGUCUUACUAUCUCGCUCCCAGAUGGGUGGCGAUCUUCCGUCGUAUUUACAACUGGAGGCUAGCAAAGAUCUCUACCGGAAAGUUCUCAGAAGCUUAUGUUCUGACUCAGCACCUGUAUCAGGCUCCUGCAGCAGCUGGCUCAAACGGUACCACACAAGGGCUUACUGCUAACACCGCCAGCAGCGAUGUUGUGGAUCACAUCAUGAUGCCUGCCGUUUCAACCGGCAUCACACUAGACGAAAUCAUCGAGAUCAGUUGUGACCUCGAUGCUGUUGAUGCGCAGCCCGUAACUCUGCCACCACGACUGCCUGUGCAUGUUCAUGAAGAACCUCAAGCACUUGCUGACAACAACGGCGUGCAUGGAGUUGAUGAAAUGUACAUACCAAGAAGAGUAGAGUUGGGGGAGGUGAUGCCCAUUGACACAGACGACAAGCUUUCCCGGCUAAGACUAGAGUUGGGGGAGGUGAUGCCCAUCGAGACGGACGACAAGCUUUCCCGGUUACUGGAGCAAUGCACCAAGCUGCAGGACAGGAUCGAUGAGACACUUUCCAUAUACUUUUGAGCCCCGUAGUAAGGCUGGAAGGGUUUUGUUACACCAUCCUUCCACAUUUGUUGUAACUUGUAAAA